AUGGGUGCAGAACUCGGUGAGGGUAAGCACACCAUAGUGAGGGAAUGCGCCGCUCCAGGGAUUGGCAAUAUCGCUUAUAAGACUAUUAAAGAUCGACAUAAUUCGCAUGCUAGAAGUGCUCUUAUGGACGAAAUAAAGAUGUUAGCCAUAGCUAGUCAUCCACAUGUCGUUCAUCUGCUAGCCACUGAUGAGAACAAUGGGCUUGUAUUGGAGUUAAUGACAAAUGGGAACAACUGCUUCUCCUCGCAUUCCGAUGUUUGGGCGUUCGCUGUGUGCUGUUGGGAGAUAACCGAGACUUCCUGCACAAGAAUACCAUUUGAGACUUUUUCGAAUUCCGAUCUUGUCACAAAUGCUCAGCUCAUGCUCAGCGGACAAGAAGAUGCGGUUGUACCGUUGUUCACAGAAAGUGUCCCUCGAGGAAUUCGUGAUGUAUUUGUUCGAUGUUUCGAGGUAGAACCUCCAGCCCGUCCCCUAUUCUCUCACAUAUCGUACUUUAUGAGCAAGUAUCACGCAUCGUUUGAUUGA